AAUGUCACCAGGCCAGAACUAGCAUUAGUUGGGGAGAAUCUCGUCCACAUAAUGGACUGGGAUCAUCUUGAAGUGAACAUCCAGGUCCAGCCAGACAGCCAGAUCUUGUCCCUGAAGGUGAGCGGCGUCCAGAAAUUUGUGAGGGAAGCCAUACCAGUCAUGAAAACGGACUUGGAUUCUCUGGUGCUCGGUAAGCUGCCCCUGAAGAAGGUGGCUCUGGGUGAAUACUUCUCUGGGGCUGGAGCAGAGACGCUGCACGAAAUGGCCCAAGAACAGCAUUGCAUUGCGAGGUUGGAAAUGCAGAGGAGCCCUGGCCGUUGUGAUGGGGUCGCCAAUACCAGUGGAGACGGGGAGCAAGGUUUGGCGGAGAUCAGCUGUGCUGUGAUCCACGCAGUAGGCCAGCAGCGUGAUGUGACCUUGUUCAAGCAAGACGUGGCCGAUUUCCUUGCCGAUUUCCACGAAGAAACCGUCUGCAGCACAGAGCUACCGUCCUUUGGUGACGAGGCCCUCCACGACCUCUGCAAGAACACCCCGCACCAGUUUCCCGUCGCUCUCUGUUACCUGAGAGAGAAAGUCGUCCGGGUUUGUGGUUCUCGAGAAGACGUCGAAGAUGUCCUGGGAGCCAUUUACGCCAAGAUAGAGGAAGCCACUCAUGCAAAGAUCGAGCAGGACCAUCAGGAGUGGUUGGAGUCCAAACUUCUGCACGAAACCGUCCAGUGGCACCACAUGACCGAGGCUGGCUGGUCCACCUUUGACACGGCGACCAACUACCACCUGGAGAAGGCCUACCGGAAGAAGAAAAGGAAGGCACAGCUGCAGUGGGAGGGACAGGAAAUCAGGAUAGACUUGCUCAAGAAUGAAGCCUUCGCGCCAAGCCCUGGGGCCACGUUCAAGUUACGGAGGGAAAUUUGCUUGUGGGACAAGAAUAUCGCCCCGCACUGGGAAGCUAUGGAUCAGUGUCUGGUGAAGAAAGUGGAACUCCAGAAAAGCUCGGAAGAAUAUCAGGACAUUGUAAAGAAUUUCAUUCGGACUGGCGGUGGCUUCAAAAUUCUAAAAGUGGAGAGAAUCCAGAAUCGCUACCUGUGGGUGUCCUAUUGCUGGAAACGCAGCUGGAUGGAUAAGAAGAAUCCGGAAGGGGUGCAGAAUGAGCGGAUCCUCUACCAUGGGACGUGCCCGGAGAACUCGCGUUCCAUUCAAGAGAUUGGUUUCAAGAGUGCCUGCAGGAAGGUGGGCCUCUACGGCCAGGGCAUUUAUUUUGCAAAGAAUGCCGACCGUUCUGCUUUCUACGCCAAACCCGAUUCCGAGGGGCACCGGUUUGUGUUCCAGACUCGAGUCCUGACCGGAGAGUACACGGGCGGGGGAGAAAAGAUGGUCCUCCCACCCAUGAAGCCCGGGGGGAAAGGCCGGUAUGACAGUCUGGUGGAUGUCCUCAGCAAGCCAGCCACCUUCGUGACUUUCUUUGAUGACCACGCCUACCCCGAAUACCUGAUCACUUUCUGUGGGUCACCCCCCUGACAGCGGCUGCGAGGGAACGGAGGGGACAGGACUGAAUGCAGACACUGCUUUAUGCUGAACUCAGGGUUCGAAAAGGAGGACAUUCCA